AUAAAAACAUAUCACCAUAGUAGUUUAUUUGAAUGAAAAGACGAACACGGUAUGUGUGGACGGGGGAAUAACGAUGACAAUACUCAAGUGGUUAUAGAUCCUAACGGAGAAACCACAACACCAUCGAAGUCUCCCAAGGAUCACUGUGAGGAUUACAAACUCGACUCAACAGGAUGUAAUGUUACAAUAAAAGGACAGUUACUGCUAGUUUUGGAUUCAAUAAACGUGACGUUCAGAGAGUAUUUUUCGUGUUUUUGCAAAGUUGUUCAAGCACGUCUCAACAACACCAACGUUGCAAUUGAGAUCUUGGCCGGUAGCAACCAAUCCACAUGUGAUCAACCGGGUGACCCACCGUAUGUACAUGUGGAUCAAGACCUUCUUGAAAAGAAACUAACAAAUCUAUCGGAAUUGGAAUCUCAAGAUGGAUACGCAGGCAUGGCUGUUAUUCUAACGGAUGAUGUGUCGACGUCCGAAAGUUCUUCGACAUUAUCAAAGGAUAGAGAGCCGUUUUUAUAUUUUGUCAACGUUGGAGAAACUAAGAAUAAAAGUGGAUCGUGCUAUCGUCAGUAUAGAUAUGUAGAAAAUACAACAGACAUUAAUGAAAUCGGACAUGAGCUUGAAAACAUAGGAUGUAACAACACAGAUUACAUGUUGAGCAAUAACUGUUUACUGAGGUCUUCUACUUCAACUACAUCUUCUGCAGAAAAUCAAGGAGUUAAUAUGCCUAUGAUUGGUUUGGCUGUCGGCGGCUUUCUAGUGGUUGUUCUCAUCAUCGUCAUGAUCUACGCUCAGAAAUGUAAAAAGCAAGGGAACCCCACCAGGAAACCAUCGGCGGACAGUUCGGAUAAAUACAGUAGGGUUGGGGGACUUGCUAUUUCAAGAUAUUCAGUGGAUCGCCCUUCCUUCACAAAUGAAAUAUACAACGAAUUGCGAGACGACGAAAAACGGACAAAUGACGUUAAAACUGAGGAUAAUUAUCACCAUUUGGAUUUACAGUUUGUCAAAGAAGACGUUAAUUCUGCACUGUAUGAUCACGUGACAGUGGCACUGUAUGAUCACGUGACAGUGGGUUUAGAUGGCAACAAGGAUUUGACAGAAUCUGGUUAAAAGUGUAUAUUUGAUUAAUUUAUUUGUAAUGUUUGUUUUAUUUUAUCAAUUUUUGCAUGAAAAAAAAUUAAGACAAGUAUUUGUGAAACAAGAACAAUGUUUAGGAGGCUCUGUGGUCAACAAAUUAACCAUCAGAGUUUCCUAAAAUUGUUUAGCUGUAUAUCAUUAUUUAGUAAAGAAGAAAUUCAUUUGUUUUACUUUUAAAUUUGGUGGGGUUUUUUUUUUCUAUAUUUUACAUACGAGCAAUAUUAUGAUAGCUUUUACAUGGCAACAACAUUCAAACCCUCUUAAGGUGCCUCACUACACCUUGAACAAUUUUCUCAAAUCAGCAAACAAUUACGUUAUUGUAAUAGAAAGCAUGAUGGAUAAGAAGUAUAUAGGUCAAAUAGGCGAAAAAAUGUGCAACUUUAGAUAUUUUCAAAAAUUGAAAAUUUCAUUCAGUAAACAUAAACAAAAGCCACAGGUGGAUUCAUACUCAUUACCGGCGGUUCACACGCCUAAUACUUUAACCACUGAGCUAUGGCGAUAUACAUAUGAAUCGAUUGAUACAAACAGUUUAACAAAACAUUCAAAUCGCCAUCUUGUGACGUAGUGUCUUAAAAAGUAUAAGUCUCGGUGAAUUGAAGUACCUUAAAUCUAAUCUCUGUUUGUUUAUAUAUAGUAAUGUGGAUUAGGGUUUUUUCACAGCUACCAGGAAAAAAAUGUUUUGCACGUAGUAGGUUAAAUUUAUUGUAAUGGGUCUUAGUGCAAUCGAAAAAAGUUUACUGAAAGUAAAACUAUUGAGUUAUUGUUUGUUUUCAAUCAUGUGCUUAAAUGUUUGUGUCAUUUUGCUAUUUCAAAGAGUUAUAAAUUUCUUUACAUUUACCUUCAUUUCAUUUAAAGUCUAAAAUAGAAAAAAAAAACUUUGCUUCACUAUUACAACCAAAACUGAUUAAGAGAAAUCUGACAUUACAUCUUAUAGUUUACGAUACAAAUCAAAUAUAAGAUUCGUUCGUGAAAGUUUGGGAGUAUUAAAGUAGAAAGCAUCCUAACAGGCUAACCCCAACUUCACAGAAGAUCUACGAUAAAAUCUUCUAGCUUAAGUAUUUCAUUGGUUAAAAAGUUAUUUUUAGUUAUGUGUUGUUUGCGAUUUGUUCUUUCGUACUUGGGGAUUUGAAACACUGGGAUCAACAGUCUCUAGACGUAUUAACAUGUACAUGUAUGACGAUUGUUUAAACUCCAAUCGUUUACAGUAUUUUUCAAGCGAACACUUUAGUAAGUUAAAGCAUAUUUCUAAUGUACAAUGUACUUGUUUUUCUAUGUAUAUUGUGGAAAACUUCCUUAUUGUGUUCAUUUUUAAUUAUAGACAUGUUAGUGAAAAAGGAGGUGUUUCCGUUGUUUUUAAGAAUAAAGUCCUUUAAGCAUGAAGCUAUUGGAUGCAGAGAGAGAGAGAGAGACACAGAGAGACACAGAGAGAGAGACACAGAGAGAGAGAGAGAAAGAGAGAGAGAGAGAGAGAAAUGCAUGCAAUGUUGAAGUAAUAACAGAAACGGAAAUUAGAAUACAUCAUAUCAAUACAACGAAUGUUGAAAUGAUGUCGUUUUACAAUAUUUUUUUACCAAAUGUGGGUCAGAACAAAAUGUAAAAUUAAACAUUUUACCCAAGGAAAAACAGAUUAAUGUCUAAAAAUGUUAUUUGAAAAUCUAAUGAUAACAAGAAACAAAUCUUCUUUGUUUAAGCCCCAUUAAGCAAUUUAGAAAAUAAAAUCAACGUUACUUUCAACAUUUUUAUUUCUGUAAAAGCUGAACAACAAUAAAUGAAUAACAACGUCAAUGUUAAAGGAAAUUAUGUGUUAUAGAUGGAAACGAUAAAAAAGUACACUUUGUUUCGGAAAUGACUCCGAUGGUUUAAAUUGGUUAUUUUUUGUUUCAUAAUUAAUAUUGUGUAACUCUGUGGAAACGACUGUGAUAAAUGUUGAUAAAAAAUCUUCUAUUUUCAAACCUUUUUACGUACUUUUAUUUCCCUUUUUGCUAUUAAUCCAUUUAAAUUCAAUGUACAAUAUGAUAUUUAAAAACAACUUAAAGCGAGUUGAACAAGUAAUGAGAAUCACUAAAAUAAUAUGUGAAAUAUGAAAUUGUAAAAAGCUGUUUAUAUUAUUAUUCUUGUUUGCUCUUUAAUAAAUAUAUUUAAAGUGGAAUGUAAUAUGUGUGGUGUAUAUAAUAAAAUCCGUGAUGUUGACAAGGACAA